CGGAGAAGCGACCAUGCUGUGGAAGCUAGUUGAGAAUGUCAAGUAUGAAGAUAUUUAUGAGGACCGGCAUGACGGUGUCCCGAGCCACAGCUCGCGUCUGUCCCAGCUGGGCUCGGUGUCGCAUGCGGGACCGUACUCUAGCGCGCCGCCGCUCUCUCAUGCGCCCUCCUCGGACUUCCAGCCUCCAUAUUUUCCGCCGCCGUACCAGCCGCUCGCUCACUACCAGAGCCAGGACCCGUACUCCCACGUCAGCGACCCGUACUCUCUGAACUCCCUGCACCAGAGCCAGCAGGGCGCCUGGGGGGCGCGGCAGCGGCAGGACGCCGCCGGGGAGCGGAUGGAGAGCUCCUCUCUGCUGGCCCAGCCCCGGGCCUCGCUGCCUCAGCUGUCCGGUCUGGACCCACGGCGGGACUACGGCGGCGUGCGGCGGCCUGACGUGCUGCUCCACUCUGCUCACCCGGGACUCGACUCCGGCAUGGGCGAUGGACUGCUGCACGGGUUGCACGGAAUGGAGGAAUCUCAGGUGAGUCUGUGGGCCAUUGACGACAACAGCGGAAUGAACAUACUGGAUCAAUCAGUAAUCAAGAAAGGUACACACACACACACACACACACACACACACACACACAUUAAGAUUCCCAUGCCACCCAAGAACGUGGGCUCUCUGAUGCUAGGCAAGGACGGGCUGAUCGGUGGAGUGACCGUCAACAUAAACGAGGUGUUCUGCUCGGUACCGGGCCGCCUGUCGCUGCUCAGCUCCACCUCCAAGUACAAAGUGACUGUAGGGGAGGUGCAGAGGAGACUGUCCCCGCCUGAGUGCCUGAACGCCUCGCUGCUGGGGGGCGUGCUGAGAAGAGCAAAGUCUAAAAAUGGUGGAAGAUCUCUGAGAGAAAAGCUGGAGAAGAUUGGACUGAAUUUACCUGCUGGAAGACGCAAGGCUGCCAAUGUCACAUUAUUAACAUCUCUUGUAGAAGGUGAGGCGGUCCACCUGGCCCGAGAUUUCGGUUACAUCUGCGAGACGGAGUUUCCCACCAAGGCCGUGAGCGAGUACCUCAACCGGCAGCACGCGGACCCCAACGAGCUGCACGCGCGGAAAAACAUGCUACUGGCGACAAAACAGCUGUGUAAGGAGUUCACAGACCUGCUGGCCCAGGACAGGACUCCCCUGGGCAACUCACGGCCCAGCCCCAUCCUGGAGCCCGGCAUCCAGAGCUGCCUCUCCCACUUCUCCUUCAUCACGCAUGGCUUCGGCUCGCCCGCCAUCUGCGCCGCGCUCACCGCCCUGCAGAACUACCUCACCGAGGCUCUCAAAGGACUCGACAAGAUGUUCCUCAACAACCCGCCCAGCAACCGGCACGGGGACGGUGUCAACAAGGCUGGCGACAAAGAGGAGAAGCAGCGGAAAUGAAGCGGGAGGAAGGAGGAGCGAGGAUGGAGAGCGGAGCGGGAGGCAGACAGACAGACAGACAGACAGAGCUGUUACACCGUUACUUCUAGCUUUACAACACUGCGACUGACCUACCACACACAGGGCUGAGGAGGAGGAGGAGGAGGAGGAGGAGGAGGAAGGGUUGGUAGAGAGAGAAAAGGGAGAGGAAGACGCCUGUGGGCCAGUGUCAGAGAGCACAGAGGGAUUUUUCAUCUGUGUUACGUUCUUUUCAUUCCCCUGAGGACAUGCUGGUUACUGUGUUACAUCCAUUUCGCUCCCCCUGCCUGCAUCCUGUGAGACUGAGAUGCUGUGAGCAGUAGACCCACAACACUGUGUGUUUGUGCGCAUGUGUGUGUGUGUGUGUGUGUGUGUGUGUAUGUGUAUGUAUGGGCGUGUGUGUGUGUGUGUGUGUCCUCGCACAAAAAAAGCAUUGUGGGUACGAAGACUGACAAGCAUCCUAUCUGUGAAACAGGUUUGUCUGGUGACUUAUCACACGGAGGGUCUUUAUUUAUGUGUGUAAAUAUUUAUUUAUAUUAAUUUAAAUGGAUGGUUGUGUAAAUAGGUGCGCCAGCUAUUUUGGAGUAGGCCUAUUUAUCUGUGAUUUGACCUUUGUGAGCCGGCGGGGGGACGGGACUCAUCCAGUGUUUUUCUGUUUCAUAGAGCUGUUGUCAUGGUGCUGAUGAUGGGUAGACAUGCUUCUAAUUGUCCAGUGAUUUCAUUUCUAUCACACUGAUAAUAAACCAUGUGUUUUAUUACGCGA